AUGAAGGUCCAAUUGCUUCUCGGCGCCCUGCUGCCUCUUGCCUCUGCCCACUUCAAGCUCGUCUACCCUGCCGCUCGCGGUUUCGAUGAGGACAACCUGCCCCAAUUCCCUUGCGGUGGCCAGAACACCGUCAGCUCGAAUCGCACCGAGUUCCCCAUCAGCGGUGCACCCAUCCAACUCCUGAUGGGCCACACCUCUGCCAAAGUCCAGGUGCUCAUGGCUCUUGGAAACGACCCUGGCAGCAACUUCAACAUUACUCUUCUGCCUACCGUCCAGGAGCAGGGACCCCAGAACUUCUGUAUCGGUGCUGGUGCUCUGCAGUUCCCUGCUGGCUUGAACAUUACCGCUGGCAUGAACGCUACUAUCCAGGUCGUUACCAAUGGUGAUCCCAAUGGCGGUCUCUACAACGUGAGUUUUCCUACAAGCGGUCAAAGGUAUGAUUACUUUGCUGACAAUGCUUACAGNUGCGCCGACAUCACAUUCACCUCGACCCCUCUGUCUUCUGCCGACUACAGCUCGCACUGCCAGAACAGCACUGGUGUCACUGUCCAGGCCCUGACCAAUGCAGGCAACGCCAACCAGUCGACUUCUGAUGCCACAACCAGUGCUGCAUCUUCGGGCUCCACUUCCACCGGCGCUUCUGCUGCCACUGGCUCAAGUACUUCUACUGGUGCCGCUGCCCAGGCCACCUUUGCUGGCUUCGCUCUCGGUGCCAUGGGUGUGUUGGCUGGCAUGGCCGCUCUGUAA